CAGCUAGAGUAGUGACUCACGGUCGACGCCGAGUUCAGCAUGGCUGUGCCGGAGUCUCUCUUCUUUGCCGUUUGCGUGUUUAUUGCCGCUUCUCCCAUUUUUGCGCCCUACAUCAGCCUGCCGCACGACAAUUUCUUUUCGUUUCCGAACGAAACUGACGUUAUGGAAAUGAUGCUGUCAGUUUUGACCGGUUGGAGUACGUGGGUUUCUUGCGCCCGUUUCGCUCUACUGUUGCUUCUAGCGUACAAAUUGCUUCUAAUAUUGUUCACGCCUCUGUACGUUGUGAAAAAUAUGGCAGAAACGGGCUACAUUCAACACACUGAGAGGCCACUCUCUGGCGAGGCGUGGGCGGGGCAAGUAGUGCGACGGCGCAGACGAGGAGACGUGCCGCCCGUGUAUCCGAACGGAUGGUUCAGCGUGCUGCACUCGCGUCAACUGAAGAAAGGAGACGCCAAGAGUGUGACCGUGUUGGGCAUGCAGCUGGCUGUCUUUCGAGGUGAAGAUGGUCAGGUGUAUGCGUUGGAUGCGUAUUGUCCGCAUCUUGGUGCUAAUCUUGGUUGUGGUGGACGCGUGUUGGGCAAUUGUUUGGAAUGCCCUUUCCACGGUUGGUCGUUUAGUGGGAACGAUGGCAAGUGUGUUAGAAUUCCAUAUGCCGACAAAGUGCCGGAGUUUGCCAAGACGGAGGCGCAUACUGUUGUUGAAAUGAAUGGUAGUGUGUAUGUGUGGUAUCAUGCAGAGGGUAUUGAGCCGAAUUGGAUGCCAGAGGAAGUUGUGGAAAUUUCCGAUGAAAGGUGGAGAUGUGCUGGCAUGACUGAACACACCAUCAACUGUCAUAUUGAAGAAAUUCCUGAAAAUAUUGCUGACAUUCCUCAUCUGAAUCAUCUCCAUGCUCCAAUCUUUCUGUCGGGUGCCAACCUCAGUACAUUUCAAACUUGGAAAUGGGCUUUUGCUAAACACAAGUGGGAUGCUACAUGGGCACCAUGCGAUGCUCCAGACAAACACUGCUCUCUUUUACACCUGAAAGCGUCAAUGACAUUUCUAGGACGAGCAAUACCAUUUCUUAGAUUUGAUUUCCAAGCGAAGCAGAUCGGUCCCGGAAUCGUGCAUUUGCCAUUCGUCAGUCCAUUUGGUCGUGGCGUAAUUGUCCAGGGUUUGACUCCCAUUGAGCCCAUGGUGCAGCGCGUCACCCACGAGAUUUACAUCGAGAAUUCAGUCCCAACUUUCAUCGGCAAGUUCCUGUUGUGGGUUGAAAGCAUCCAAGUGGAGAGAGACAUUACAAUUUGGAACAACAAGACGUUUCGGUCCAAGCCACUACUUGCGAGAGAAGACCAUCUCAUUGCUAAGCAUCGACGUUGGUUCUCACAGUUUUACUCCGAGCACAGUCCACGAUUUACAACCGAACGCUUGAGCUUAGAUUGGUAGGCCACACGAGAUUGUAUGUUGGCAGUUGCUGGUAGAGUGCUUGCUGUGUGUGUGUGUGUCUAUCGAUUGUACUGCUUACUGCAAUGAUAGGUUUGCAUUGCUGUGUUGUCAUUUUAGAUGUUUUAUCUUGGUGACAGUAAGUGACUAGAUGCGCAUGCGUAUAAUAAUUGAAUUUGCUACUUUGAUAAAAUUUAAUUUGCAUUUGUGAUCAUA